UGCGUCACUUCCUUUAUCCACAUCCGUCCGUUAGCCGUUUGUUUGCUAAGCUAACCUGACACUUAGCGCAGUAAACAUCCGGUAUGAUCGACUUCAUCACGUUUAAAACUCAGGUGACGUCGAUCGUUGACAACUUGGCGAAGUCGGUGAUGGCGGAGAUUUUCACCGCGACGGAGAAAAUGUCUUUAAAUAAAACGAGUCCAGAAACGGAGAUCCAGAUGUGUGUGUUGUUCCAGGAGAAGAUGGCUGCCCUGCUGGACGGUUGGUGUGUUGAAGCUGUUGACAAAAUCCUGCAGAUGUUUGAAGUUUCCACCGUGAAGCCACCGGAGACCGGAAGAGACGCCGUCAUCAUGGAGACACGGACACAUGAAGGUCUUCGCUGUGAUGCAGGUGCGGACGGCGGAGGGAAGCCCCGCCCCUCAGGACAGACCUACUUCCUGGAGUACAAGAGCGACGUCGUCGUCGACAGGUGUCUGCUGGUUGCACCGCCGGGCAACGACCACGGCUCCUCCCCCUCCCCUCCCCCUAAUACUGACCACGAGUACGCUCGGCUGCCCUCGCCUCCGCCCGGCGUCACUGCUGCAGCAGUCAAGGGCCAGACGGCUUUAGCGAGCAGCAUGAAGCGGCGCCGCAGCCGGAGGAAGAAGGAAACAUACUCGGGGAGCGCUCCGGCGUCAGACACUCACCAUCAGUGCUCGAUGUGCGCCAUGUUGUUUCCCAACGCACAGCGAUUCGCCGACCACCAGAGGAAGUCUCACCCGCGGUGCUUGGUCUGCGGGACGCAGCUCAGCGGCAUCCUGAAGCUCCAUGAGCAUGAGAUCCGAGAACACGGGCUGCUGCCGUACGCCUGCGACCACUGUCCCAAGAGGUUCAACCACAAAGCUCAUCGCGACCUGCACGUGAAGGCGCGACACACGGGGGAAAAGAGCGUCCAAUGCGACGUCUGCGGGAAAGGUUACUCGUGCGUCAGUGUGCUGAAGACGCACCGCGUCACGCACUUCGACAAGACCUUCGUCUGCGACGUCUGCGGAAAGAACUUCUUCCACGCCUGUCACCUUACGCGCCACAAGCUGGUGCACCAGAACGUGCGGCCGCACCGGUGCUCCACCUGUGGGAAGGGCUUCAACCAGGCCGCCAACCUGCGAAGCCACCAGGCCGUGCACAGCGGCGAGCGGCAGCUCUGCUCCGUCUGUGGGAAGAGCUUCCGCCGCCUGAACAACCACAUCAUCAGCAAACACUCGCACGAGCUGUCGGCGCACGAGCUGCCGGCCGCGAACGCCGUCGUCACCUGCGACGUCUGUGGCAAGAAGUUCCCCAACGUGUCGCAGUUCAGAGUUCACCAGCGGAGCCACACUGGGGAGAAGGCGUGUGGGCGGAGCCACAGAGCCACACCCAGCAGAGAGAAUUCAUGUUUGAUUUAAAAACUCUUCAAAUCUGAAAUAUUUCAUAAAAUAUAAAGAAUCUGUUAGUGUGUUGUUGUUGUUGUUGUUGUUGUUGUUGUUCUCUCUCUCACACACACACCUCAGUGUGAGCACUGUGGCCACCCCCCCUCCUGUUGGACAGGAAGUGACACGUCACUGUUGUUGUCUCUGAUCAUAACAAGGGGACGGAGCUGCAGAUAUUAACAUGAUCAUAAAUCUGAUGACCUGUUCAACCAGCGAUGAUUUAAUCUGCUUCAAAUCUGCCAAACAAAUUCACUGUAUUUAAUCUGUUGAUUGUUUUAUUCUUUUAUAUCAUAAAAUCCUUUGAAAGAA